AUGUUGCGCCAUUUCCAGAGAGCAGUGCCCGCAGUCAGAAAGCUACAAAGCUCAUUUGCGCGGCAAAGAUUCAAUCUGAGCCUGGCAGGCCGCCCGCAAAUGGGCGAGUACGAGAGCAAGAUAUACGACAUCUUGAAGCUGGAGUUUGAUCCAACCAAGUUACUGGUGCAGGAUGUUUCGGGCGGAUGCGGCUCUAUGUUUGCCAUAUCUGUCGAGAGCCCGAAAUUCAAAGGUUUGCCCAUGAUCAAGCAGCAUCGGCUAGUGAAUGAAAAGUUGAAAGACGAGAUUAAGAAAUGGCAUGGGUUGCAAUUGAAGACGAAAUCGACUUGA